AGAGCAACCACCGGCGCCGUCUACUUGCUGGGGGGUGGCGCUCACGCACGCACGCAGCCACCAGGCGGAGAUGCUCAUCCUCGCCUGUUAUUAACGUUAAUAUUGUUAUCUCUCGCGUCACUCGUCUCCAGGAACGAGACGGCACCCGCUGCCCGCACCACCACCACCACCAGCACCAGGAGCACCAGCAGCGGCAGCGGCACCACUCACUGGCUUCGAGGGACUGUGGCCGGCUCAGGUGCACCGACCCCGGCUGUGAUUGCGACGACGACGACGACGGCGACGACGUCGACAAAGUUGAGGGCACCAAGUAUGUCGCCAUUGUGAACGAGUAGUGAUGGGAUUCCUCCGCGCUCAGCAAUCCGAGCGAGCUAAAAGCUUCUUACGAGGUGCCAAACUGCGGCUUUUUGGGAAGUGAGUUGACCUUCCAUCAAGAUGGAAGUUAACUUGAUCAAAGAGUCUGCAGAUUGGUGAAGAAUGGCUGGAUGACCCCAAAGCAGUGAUGCUAACCAGAUUUUUGACACCUUCUCCAACUACCUACUAGCUCUCUGAAAGCAACCUUGUCGGCAAAGUCAUCUCCUACUAGCAACACUCGGGACCAGCGAUCGAUGGAGACCAAAGCGAGGCGGGAGGAGGAAGCGUCGCCGAAAGACGCCGAGACGGAGGAAGAUGCCACUUCGGGCCACACGUGCGGCGUGUGCGGCCGCAGCUUCCCGCUCCUCAGCUCGCUGUCGCAGCACAUGCGGCGGCACACCCGCGAGAAGCCGUACAAAUGCCCGUACUGCGACCACAGGACGGCACAGAAGGGAACCCUCAAGGCACAUAUCCGGAGCCACAAGUUGGGCCUGUUCGGCCUCAGCGACCAACAGGCGGAAGAGGAGAUACCGGACACUCCCGAGACUGUAAAGAAGAAACCAAACAAGAAAAAAGCAAAAGAUUUAGAGCCUGAGUGCUUGGACGCCGGGCCCUUUUCCUGCAGCAUCUGCGCCCAAGACUUUGCCCAGGCGCCAUUACUCAAGUCGCACAUGAAGCGGCACCGCAGCGCGCAGGACCACGGCUGUCGCAUCUGUGGCCGCCGCUUCCGCCAGGCGUGGUUCCUGCAGAGCCACAUGCGCAUCCACCGGGUCAAAGCGCAGUUGCGGGGCGGCAAGAGCGACGAGCCGCCCGCCACCGUCAACGGCGUGCCGCAGGACCCCGCUGCGCUCGCCAACGACGAGUGCCUCUACGAGCUUUGCGGUAACUGCGGCCACUUCUUCACAGACAGCAAAACCUUGCGCCUACAUGAAAGGUUACACAGACACAGCCACAAUGCACCGCAAGACCUCGAGGCCUGUCAGCUGACUAAAAACCGGUUUUUGGAAAGCCUAAACCUUACCCGCGUCGCACCGAAGGAAGCCCAAGCGGAAAGAAAUCUGGGCCGGAGAAUUCCAGAGCUGGAUCCACUGUGCAGCUACCAGGCUUGGCAAUUAGCCACAAGGGGGCGACUGGCGGAAGCCGGCGAGAAAUGCAUCGGCUGGGAGGAACGACUCGCUGACGCCGACGUGGCGUACGACACGGCGAAGGGUGAAUACGUCUCCGCCAAGCCGGAGAAGAAGAGGAAGCCCAUCGACGUGCCCGCUUCCAGCGCUAAGAAGAAGAAGGGCGACACCGUUCUCGAGCAAGCUGCCAAGGCCGCCUUGGACAAGAAGAGUUGCCAGAAAGAGCGCAUCUUGCUGAACGGACUUGGGCAAGCCUUUUACGAGGCGCUGCAACACAGAACGAUCAGAGACAAAGAAGGCAGCAGGAAUCAGGAGCAGGAUGAUGAAAAGCCUCUCUUGUGCGAGCACUGUGACUUCCACACUGCGGACGCCUCACUACUCAGGGCUCACGUGCGCGCGCAGCACCAGGACGGCAAACAGAGCGCGGCGUCGGACAACCUGGCCGGGCAAAAUAGCUGCAAGGCCUCCAAGUACGUGGACUACCUCCGGAAAAGGAGCGCGCUACUUUGUCAGCCAUAUUGGAACCCCUACCCCGGCUUGCCCGGUGAACUGAACAUUAAAACGGAGACGUCCAGUGACGGCGAGGCGAGGACGGGCAGCUCUUUAGGGAGUCUUCUCAACUUGUCGUCACUAGCGGACAAUAAAGGACAUGACUGGGUUCAAAAAGAAAGCCUGCUGAGGCAUCAGUGUCCGUAUUGUUCCCACGCCACCUGCUACCCCGAGGUGCUGUGGAUCCAUCAGCGGGUGUCGCAUAGGGUGGGCAGCGGCAGCUCCGCGGCCCCCAAGUGGGCGCCGUUCGCUAACGGCAUUCGGACUCCGAAGACCUCCCCGUGGAGGCGCACGGGACCCCCGCCCUUCCUCGAAGGGAAAGACUGCCCGGCGUUGCCCGCGCCCAGAAGCCACCGCACACAACCGCCAGCUGGCAGCAGCAUCAAGCAGGCGGCCGCUAAGAGCCAAUCAGGUGCCAAGUCCAAGCCUCAGGCAAAGGACACGAAAGCUCCGGAUUCACGCGGGAGGGUGAAGUCAGAGCAGAAACGCGCGGCGCAGAGUGCCAGCAAAGCGAGCUCGUCCGGCAAAAGUGUCUCCGGGAGAACCGCGACGGAGGGAACCUUUCCAAAGGAGGGCCUCGGCUUCAUGUUGAGUCACGGCGGGGCGUCUUCCGACUCGGCUCGACACCGCCCCCGUAGGCUCCCCUCGCCGAGUCCCAAAGGGGCUGACCUCUGGGCCGCCAUGAGCAUGUGGGGCCACCGGGCUUACUUCGAACCGCUGCUUUACCCUCAGGCCAAGCCUGACGCCGCAGUCGCGGACCCCCCCCCGGAAUUUGACGUGGUGAGCCUCCUGAAGAGUUACAGUCCGCACGAGCUGGCGGCUCUUUACCAGCACUGGGGAUUUGUGGAGCCCAGGUUGGAACCGCAGGCAGUGUUGCGGCUCAACGGCCAUUUUGAAAAUGAAGUCCAUUCCUCCUCUGAAGCUUCCAAACAAGUGACCAGCCGCUCCACUUCCACCUCAGGGUCUCUCCAUAAAGGAACGUGAAGACCAUCAAAGACACUCGCUGACACAAAAACACUAAGGCACAACAUAUGCAAUAUAAGGUGGAAUCAUCAGCACUCGUUUAAUUUCCCAGAUUUUUGUGCGUGUACAUAUAAGUUACAUGAAAAUGAGCUGUUAACAAGAGCGAAAUCAAAUGUGAAGUCAAGAAGGAUAAAGAGAAUCCGAAAAAUGCAAAGUUCCCAGUUUUUGCAUUUUCUAUACUUAUGCACUGUAGGUUGUGCUAAUUUCUAUGGUUGUUUAUUCAUUUUAUUUGUUCACAAAAAAAAAAAAAAAAAACCUGACAAGUCAUUGAACAUUUUUAACGAUAAAAUAGAAACUGUUUUGGAUUUAUUUUAUUAAGGCCGUCCCGAUUGGUUACAGCAAACGAAAAAAAAACGAGCAGAUCAUCCCACUUGAAAAUACUCUUGACAAAAAAAAAAACCUCCAAUAAUACCCAAUUAAA